GGACUAUUUUUGAGUGCGGAUGGAUACAGUGAGAUGACGUGAAGCCUUUGGUAUAUAAGUGGUUUGCAGUCAUUGCAGUAAAACAUUAUACGGUCCACCAACGAUAGCUGAGGUCAUACAGGAAGACGACAAUAGCGGUUGAAUUCUUCACUAUUGCCAUUCUUAACUUCUAAACAUGCAGAUUUUUGUGAAGACCCUCACUGGCAAGACCAUCACCCUUGAGGUUGAGCCCAGUGACACCAUUGAGAACGUCAAGGCCAAAAUUCAGGACAAGGAAGGCAUUCCUCCUGACCAGCAGAGGCUGAUCUUUGCUGGCAAGCAACUGGAAGAUGGCCGCACCCUCUCAGACUACAACAUCCAGAAGGAGUCCACCCUCCAUCUUGUCCUGCGUCUGAGGGGUGGCAUGCAGAUCUUUGUGAAGACCCUCACUGGCAAGACCAUCACCCUGGAGGUUGAGCCCAGUGACACCAUUGAGAAUGUCAAGGCCAAAAUUCAGGACAAGGAAGGCAUUCCUCCUGACCAGCAGAGGCUGAUCUUUGCUGGCAAGCAGCUGGAAGAUGGCCGCACCCUCUCAGACUACAACAUCCAGAAGGAGUCCACCCUCCAUCUUGUCCUGCGUCUGAGGGGUGGCAUGCAGAUCUUUGUGAAGACCCUCACUGGCAAGACCAUCACCCUGGAGGUUGAGCCCAGUGACACCAUUGAGAAUGUCAAGGCCAAAAUUCAGGACAAGGAAGGCAUUCCUCCUGACCAGCAGAGGCUGAUCUUUGCUGGCAAGCAGCUGGAAGAUGGCCGCACCCUCUCAGACUACAACAUCCAGAAGGAGUCCACCCUCCAUCUUGUCCUGCGUCUGAGGGGUGGCAUGCAGAUCUUUGUGAAGACCCUCACUGGCAAGACCAUCACCCUGGAGGUUGAGCCCAGUGACACCAUUGAGAACGUCAAGGCCAAAAUUCAGGACAAGGAAGGCAUUCCUCCUGACCAGCAGAGGCUGAUCUUUGCUGGCAAGCAGCUGGAAGAUGGCCGCACCCUCUCAGACUACAACAUCCAGAAGGAGUCCACCCUCCAUCUUGUCCUGCGUCUGAGGGGUGGCAUGCAGAUCUUUGUGAAGACCCUCACUGGCAAGACCAUCACCCUGGAGGUUGAGCCCAGUGACACCAUUGAGAAUGUCAAGGCCAAAAUUCAGGACAAGGAAGGCAUUCCUCCUGACCAGCAGAGGCUGAUCUUUGCUGGCAAGCAGCUGGAAGAUGGCCGCACCCUCUCAGACUACAACAUCCAGAAGGAGUCCACCCUCCAUCUUGUCCUGCGUCUGAGGGGUGGCCAGUAAACCAUUAUAUGUUCUUAAGUAUUGUGCAAGUUAUUUGAAAAUGCAUUUGCCAUUAUGACCAAAUGUUUGUGCACAUGUUGGAAUAAAUGAUUAAACUGAA